AGAUCGGGAAACAUUAUCAAUCAACGUUUCCAUUAACUGCGAAGAGUGUAUCUAAAACUCGAACAUCUUAAAGAAAUGACCAGGAGCCGUGGGUAUGGGUUAUUUAUCAAGGAUAUUGAAAUCCGUGUGGUUGCUCUUUAUGUUCUAAAAUAACUAUUCAGCAGAGAACUUCUGCGGUGAGAGGGGAAAAAACUGCGAGGACUCUCUAACACCGGCAGAGUGCACUCCGUUCCUCAUAUACUGGGUCUGGUAUUCCCAGAGGCAGCGAACUGUUUCCUCAGCACCUCAGAAACAUAGUAAAUUAUCUGUCUCAAGGACACCAACGGAUCUACAGUAAGCAGCCCUUGUUGUGACGUUUCAAACCUUCGGAGCUCACUUUCUCCUUUGAGACAACGUUGCGAAGCUGCCGUCUCCUCUCUGACAAUAUACUUGGAUUUUAAGAGGACAUCAAGUGCAUGAAAAAUACCACUUAUCAUGGAAAUAUGGAUAAAGUUGAUGCUGUUGUGCAGUUGCUGUUUCGGAGCAAGUGCGGACUUUGACGGCGGGUGGCCCAGGCAGAUGGCCUCGUCCAAUGGGCUGUGUCGCUACGGAGCCAGGAUCGAUUGCUGCUGGGGCUGGGCACGGAGCUCAUGGGGCCUCUGCCAGCCUCUCUGUCAGCACGGCUGUAAACACGGGGAGUGUGUCGGACCAAACAAAUGCAAGUGCUACCCUGGGUUCACUGGAAAGACCUGUAAUCAAGAUCUCAAUGAGUGUGGACUGAAGCCCCGCCCCUGUAAGCACAGGUGUAUGAACACCUACGGAAGCUACAAAUGCUACUGCCUGAAUGGCUACAUGAUGAUGCCUGAUGGGACAUGUGCAAAUGCCCGCACCUGUGCCAUGGCAAACUGCCAGUACGGCUGCGAGGUGAUGAAAGGAGAGGUGCGGUGUCAGUGUCCGUCGCCAGGGUUACAGCUGGGGCCUGAUGGGAGGACCUGUGUGGAUAUCGAUGAGUGUGCCACCGGGAGAGCAGUGUGUCCACGGUUCCGGAAGUGCAUUAACACCUUUGGAAGCUACAUCUGCAAAUGUCAUGAGGGAUUUGAGCUCCAGUACAUCAAUGGAAAAUACCAGUGCAUCGAUGUGAAUGAGUGCACUUCGGCCCAGCACCGCUGUGGCAGUCUCUCCACCUGCUACAACACACCAGGGUCCUACAAGUGCAAGUGCAAAGAUGGCUUCCAAGGGACAGGGUAUGACUGCAAACCCAUUCCCAAGGUGAUUAUUGAGCCCCCCAGACCAGGCACAAGUCCAACCAUCAACUCCAACAAAGUCCCAGACUCUGGUCUCAGAACCACCACUACCACAGAACCACCCAAGAGGACCACUACUGCUGCAGUAAUGACGUCACCCCCGAAGAGAGUCACCACCGCCCCCACGCGGAGACCUCCGGUCAUCCCCACGCGUCGGCCACCGCGCCCGACUCGCCGGCCACCCAUCACCGAGCCUGUGACCGGGGUCCCUUCGAUCCCGACUCGGCCGCCUGUGGACCCUGAGGUGACCACCUUGGACAACAGGAUCCAGAAGGAGGUCACCCAGAGGCCACGAGGAGAUGUCCAUAUUCCUCGUAAUCAUGGACAGAACAACGUGUUGGGGAUUGAUUUGGAUAUUGAAUUGGGCAAUACUGCCGAUGAAGCAAAGGAUGACUCAGGUGCAGGUUCUCUUAGCUGUAGCUUUGAUAAUGGUCUCUGUGAUUGGAUCAGAGACAGGGAAGGUGACUUACACUGGGAAACAACAGCAGAUCCUUCAGGUGGGAAGUAUCUGACAAUUCCAGAGGUUGGGGGCAAAAGAAGCAGGCGAGGGGCACGUCUGGUCCUCCCGCUGACUGAGCCCUGGAACUUGGGCAACCUCUGCCUGUCCUUCCGCCACAAGCUGUCGGGCCACCACGUCGGCACACUGCAGGUGUUCAUCACCAAGGGGAAGCAGUACAGCGCAGCCGUGUGGGGCCGGACGGGCGGCCACGGCUGGAGACACACCCAGAUCACCCUGUGGGGGACGGGGCUGGACAGCGUGGUCUUGAAGGGCGAACGCAGGAGAGGGCGGAGUGGAGAGAUGGCGGUGGAUGACCUCAGUCUAAAGAAAGGCCCCUGCUCUGAGGAGCACAAUCUGAGGAGACUCUAAUUCAGCUGCAGGAGUCACACGGACACCGACUCCAACCAGACACAUCCUCUCCCCUCCAGAAGGGAGCUGUGGGCCAAGAAAAGGCUGAAAAGGCUUCUGGAGAAGAGCGUGACUUUGAACAGAAAUGAGGAGUUCCCAGUGAGCCCAUUUCCCUCUCUGUUUUUUUUUUAUUUUUUUGACUGUUCUCUGUGCAUAUCCCAGUAACCUGGAGGAAUAUGUUCCUGAAGUCAGCGCAAAGUACAAUCGCUCGCACCGCCAAGAAGCUUCUUUUUCUCUACAUACUGUAUGCCUGGGAUGUGUUGGAAAUCUUAACGUCAAUACACUUCUUACAUAGUGUAGCAUCAUGGCUGCUUAAUGACUAACUUCAAUGUGCUUUGCAACGCUACAAAUAUUAUUGUGAAAUCAGUUAAAAGGCUGUUUUUUAAUGCAUACAGUGAGGAAAAAAAUCUAUUAAAAGGUUUCAUGCAUUUGUUAGGGUGUCAUAAUUAUAUGCAUUUAUUUAUGGUUACUGGGAAAGGCAUCUGCUAAAUACUUUCAUGCUAAAAACAUGGGGACAAAAACAAAGGUAACUGCAAAAGAACAGAAAGCAAAGCAUGCACAUUUACUGUAAAAUCACUACCAAUUUGAUCUGCUGGGUCAUGCAGAUGAUGGCACUGUAGAGUAAUGCCAUCCAAGGAUGUAAACCUCGCUCACACUUAAACAAACCCACAUCUACCUUUGCCGGUGGGUAAAACAGUUGGCCAUGCCAACAUAUUUCCUACAAUCACCCACGGUACUGAAGAUGCCCUUGCACAUCUCAGAUGCUUCUGUUUUCUGGCUUGCAGAUACUUUUUUUUCCUUUGUUCUGAAUUGCACAGAUAAUUUUGCGGCAUUGCACCUUACAAUAUUCCGUCUUAAAAAUACCUGUCACCUCACAGAGACUGCACAUUUUCACUGUAAGAAAAUAGUCUUUGUCAGCUUUGAGGACAAUUUCAGUAUUUCGGUACACUUGUAAAGCACGCUUGAAUUACUGUCGGGGUGAGCCGUGACAGCUAACAUGAUUUUUCCUCCUCAGCCCUUCAUUUCUGUUUUGUUCAUGUACUAUUCAAGCAAUGUAUAAUUCAGAUCAGACAGGGAUAAUGCUGUUCCA